AGCCCAUCACAUGCAUAAGCCACCAAGAUAUUGCCCGCAUGUCCGCGCCGCAUUUUCUGCUUUUGUAUUGCUCCUAUUUCUCAGUCCCUUGAUCUCUGCCUACAAGCCUUCAACCGGAACAAAAGCUACAAUAGACCCUGCUACAAGAGCACCGUCCAGAAAUAGGGCGACCCCAACCACGCCCGUCCGAAACAGCAAACCCAACCCACUGGCAACACUUUUUGAAGUAUACACUCGCGGCAGUGGUGACAAUGCGGGCGUCGCUUCCGAUAGUCCUGAGGAGAUCCGCCUGCGGAAAGAGAGGCAAUACACGCUGAUCACAGGGCUCCCACUGAAGCCUUAUUUUGAAAGGCGCACCGUCCGAAGACAAAUCGCCAAGGAUAUUUGGACCUUUGAGCAGCCCCAAGGUUUCUUCAACGUGACCACUCCUAUCCGCAUGACGGUAAUCCGGCUUUCCGAUGGUCGGCUGUGGGUGCACGCACCCGUCGCUGCAACAGCCGAGUGUCGGCGGCUCGUGGACGAGCUUGGCGGUCAAGUUGCCUAUAUUGUCCUACCUACCACUGCCUUUGAGCACAAAGUCUUUGUGGGCGGGUUUGCGCGGGCAUACCCUGCGGCCAAAGUGUACGCGUGUCCAGGACAGUGGUCAUGGCCGAUCAACCUUCCCCCUCCUUUCCGCGUCGACGCCUACCUGACAGACCCUCGAGCCAGCAGCGACGGGAACAAGGGUAAAGGCGGCGGAACGGCCCAGACCCCCUGGGCAAAUGAGAUCGAGCACAUGGUGUUCGAACCGCCCUGCAUCGGGAUCGGCCCCGCCAACGAGGUCGUCUUCCUCCACAAGGCUUCACGGACCCUGCUGGUCACGGACCUGGUCGUCUAUAUCGACGGAGACUCCCCGUCCCCCGUGGUGGAGGUGCCCGACCUCCUCAAAGCCUCCUGGGAU